AGACCAAAGGUUGUGGCUUUGUGUACUUUUGGAGGACAAGACAGUGACGAUCUCAGUUUUGAAAAGGUGUGUGCUAAUAUUUCUUGUAUAAACCAGCAAAAUAGUUCAAAGAUUAGUACUUUUAACCAUACAACAAUUAAUUUCCGAAAUAUAUACUGAAGCUAGGUUAUUUUGCAUUUUGUUUGCUUUGAUUCAAAGUUAAACUGUACUUGAAACGCUGCCUUUAAUUUUUGAAAUCUAUAUUCAACUAAAUUUAUUUUCCCGGUAAACAUUUUUUUUUUUGCAUUUCUAUAUGGCCUUUUUGACAAAUAUGCUGGGAAGUGUGGGGGGGGGGCAUUUAUUUCCCCUUAUGAGCCCUAUUUGCCCCCCUCUGUCAAACUACCUUUUCUUGAUAAUGUAUAAGCAAAACAGUAACAAUUUACCGCCUUGAUUUGAUGCCCUAAUACCCGAAAUUUGCUUUAAUUGUGAAUCUUAUGCAGGGCCGUACCAACCGGGGGGUUGGGGGCUUGGGGGCUGUACACCCCUCCCCCCCCCCAAUAAUUUGCUAAUAAUCAAUCUUUAUCAUUUAAUCCAUGACAAAUUGCAAAGAAUGAAGAUACUACCCAUAAUUUUCUGCAACUUAUCCAAUAUAUAUAGUUAAAUAAAUACGCCUUCGCCCAUUUAAUACUACUAAGUUGUAAAUUGCGACAUGCUAGCUAAAACGCCGUUUUCUGUCCAUCAGAAUUCUGUCAAAUCUUCCCCAAAGUCCAGGAAAUGGCAUUUCAGAGACUUUAAAUUUAAAAAUUUCCUCGGCUCUUCGGCCCUCGCUUUCAGCCCCAAUCGAAAAGAGCUUCUUACGGCCCUGUUAUGGCAUGUCUUUUACCAUAAAAUGAUUCAAUAUCUUUUUAAACAUGCUGAAUAUUGUGAAUACCUUACAUUUUGAGAAAUUACAGUGAAUAGUAUAUCCCAGACCGUUUAGAUUUGAGUUGUUGGAAGGCUAGGCUGAACAGGUAGUGACCGAGUUGUAGUACUUACAUAAACAUACCAUGCAAUAAUAUCGGUGAAAAUGAAGCAAUCUGAUUGGCUAAGGAGCCUUUUAGAACGGGACGGUUUUUUUCAUCCGGCCCGCUCUGAAACGCAACUAUCCGCUAUGAAAUGCAUCCUGCCCGCUCUGAUUUUUGCGCCAAAAACCGAGGAGUGAAACAAUUUUUAAAGUAAAAAAUCUGCCCAAGAGGUCUGAGAAACGUAGCCUAAGGAUAGUCAGAAUACAAAAACGAAUAGCGUGAAGCCCUAAAUUAAGACUCCAUACAAACCUCGACGUACAAAAUAAUUACCUCGGGUCGGUACGACAGCGAGGUCAUAAAUUCGGCUCCUAUUUUUUUUUCCAUUUUGUGUCGAGCCGCGCGCGUAGUCGAAGAGCCUUCGGAAGAGACGACAACUUCCGGUAAAUAAGUGUACUUCCAGGAAAUUUCAAGCAUCGGCGAAAGCGAAACGGAACCCGAAGCUGUCCUUGCACAAAAUCCGUCAAAAUUGUUGAUUUAAAACCAGAAGAUGUGACAAUUUUGACAUACAUGUUUAGCUGGAUAACUAUUCUCGAGUAUAUGUUGAUAGAAUGUACAUUACUUCAUAUGCAUAGCAUGGGAAUAUCGCGGCCAACUUUCACUUGUUUGAUCCUGCUAAGCAUUUUAUGGAUGUUUCUUACUGUAACUGGUGGACAACAAUUUUGCCAACUGUCCACUCAUUACAUUCUUCGACUGUGGUACAACUAUUACUAAUGAUGGAUCAGUUAUAUGCACCUAAUUAUAUUUUCGGUACUUUGAUAUAUUUUAAAAAUCAACAAAUAGACUGGUAAUAUUGUCUGUUAGUGUUACUAAAUACAAGAUGAAGUAGUGAAGUAGCAAUGUGUAUCAUUCACUCGUCCACAAAAUAUCCCAAAUAAUGAAUAAAUACAGUUAAAUAAUUGCGUCAGUAAAUUCUCUAAAUUGUUCCUGUAUUUAACUAUUAUCAAUAAAAUGUUAAAACGGAGCUUUUUGACUGAUUCACCAUUUAUACUAGUGAACUAUUAAACUAUCGUGAUUUACACGAUUUUUGCAUAUUUACCAGACAAUGCGCUAUGCACCGACCCGAGGUUAACGCCUAGCGGGCGUCUUGUUGACAAUAUUUCCAGACGGAAAUGCGACUGGAAGUCAGAAAGUUAUUUGACAUAAGUAAAACUUUAAUAUGCCGAGAAAGCUAUAUUUUGUUUAUUAAAUGAUAUCUUUUCGGCCACGUAAAAGCGAAAAAAUCACAGCUUAAACAGAUAUAUAUUUUAAAAGAAAUGUUUUCCUCUCAAACAUGCAAUAUUAGUUAAAAAAAAGUUUAACUGCAGUGAAAAAUGAAAAAAGUGAGAGUUAGAGCCCGAGUACCGAGGCUGUUAGCCAGAUACAAUCUGAGGGCGAAGCUCGAAGGCUGUAUUUGGCUAACAGCCGAGGUUCGAUGGCUUUAACUGACUUAUUUCGUGAUUGAGGAGGUUUUCUCAAAAGAAUAAUUUAAGAUAUAAUUUCUAUAGAAAUUGUUGUUGUUCUGUGUAAUUUGUGAACGAAAAUACUAAUUGAGGUUGGCGGACUUAUUGUUGAGCUAAAUUAGCAAACAGAUAGGUACAAAAAGAGAUGAAGAUCCCAAAGGAGCUUUAAGUUAUACGCUAGUUAAUUUAUUCUUAUUUUGUUCGACUUCUACAUGUUUUUGUAAAAUUUUCUGGCCUCACUUUGACGAAUUGUUUGCAUUCGCACUUCACAAAAUGGAUAGUGACGAGGAAAACUUUUUACUUGUCAGGAUUAACCAUGCAACAUACAUUUGUAGCGGAUCCUGUUAUUUUGGUUGACGAAUUAAGUAUAAUUUCAAGUAUUUUAGAGACUGAAAAUCUUGAUUUUGGUAACAGCGAGUCUACAAGUGCAAAUACUAGUCAUGCCGAGUCAACAAAUACAAGAAAUAUAUCCCUUAUUAGCGACGAAGAGUUGCAGAAAAUGAAGGAAACCCGAAUCCCGUUAAACACGAAGCAUAAUACAGCAUGGGCAGUUCGUGUGUAGAAAGAGUGGCCGGACGAAAGGAAUAGUAAAGCCCAGCCAACGAGAAAGUCGAGUUGGAUAUUUGUAAAGUCAGUGAUGUAGAACUUAGGCAUUGUUAGCGAAAUUUGUUGUCGAAGUUCGGAAGAAAGCAACCAAAGGGGAAUACUAUCCUCCUAAUACGCUGUAUCAGUUGUGUUGUGCUUUGCUACGAUAUCUAAGAAAUAAUGGUCGUCCAGCUUUAUAUUUCUUCGAAGACUCUAAUUUUAAAAAUUUUCAGGACUCGAUUGAUGCAGAAAUGAAGCGCCUAACAGGGCAGGGUGUUGGUGCAAACGUUAAACAAGCUCAAGUCUUUUCUGAAGCUGAUGAGGAUAAACUCUGGACUUCUAAGCUCCUAGGGGAUCAUACAGCAAGUGUGUUAUAAAACACAAUGAUGUUUCUAAUAGGAAAAGACUUUGCACUUCGAAGUGGUAGAGAGCACCGUCUUCUAAAAUUCAGUCAGUUGACACUGGAGCCGGCAUGUAGCACGGAACCUGAGAAAUUGGUUUACGUUUCUUUCGGGGAGAAAAACAAUUUAGGAGGAUCAGAGCAUCGCAAUAUGAAGCGAAAGCGUGUGGAACAUUAUAUAAAUGAAGAGUGUCCCCCCAGUCGAUGUUUGGUUCGAUUGUACAAGAAAUUUGUUGGGAAAUGCAGCUCAGAAGCCAUAGCAAAAGACGUAUUUUAUUUGAGUCCUCGCCGAAAGUAUUCUGAUUCAGAUAAAGGUACAAACAUGUUAUUUAGUUAGUUUUAUCAUUUAUUGUAGUUAAUUUCCAUUUUUAGCUUCAGCUGAAUUUUCCGUGUUUUAGUUUGGUUCACUUCAAAUCCUGUUGGCUACAACACACUUGGAAGGGAUGCUGGAAUAGAAGGCAACUUUACAAAUCACAGUCUUAGAGCAACAAUGGCAACUCGUGGUCUCGUAAAGGGAAUUCCAGAUAAGUUAUUUAUGGAAAAAACAGGUCAUAGAGACAUAAUGUCGUUACAGCUACUCAGAGACCUAGCAUAGAGCAUAGAGUAUAAAGUAGAAAUGGCAAAAGCGUUUGAUCAAGUUGGUAUUAUACACACUUCUUUGGCGACAACCAGUGCAACUAAUAGCGAGUGUCAGGAAGUUCGCGGUGAAAAAGCUGAAGAGGAAUUAGGAAGCGAAGUUAACAAGAGCGAAGGUGAAAGCGCAGUGAAGAGUGAGAUGGUUGAAAAGUGUGUGAAUUUCAAUAAUUGCACUUUUUUAUUAACAAGGAUUUUAAAAUGUAGACAGAAGAAAUAAAUGGAUAUAUUGUAGUGGAAAUGUGUGUUGUAUUUAACAACUUGAAGUUUGAAAUAUAUUUUCAAUACGUUUGUGUGAAAUAGUAUUAGAAAUGUUAAUAGAAGUGGUUGUAGUGUAAGGUCAAUGGAUGGAUUAUCAAUUCAUGGCCUGUAUCAAGGUACAAUACUAGAACAGCCAAUAUUUCCGGGCUGUAUCUGAAUACAGCCCACUUAUUCAUAAUUAUCUAUUCAAUUCAUCAGCCCCGCUCUUCCCUGCUGAAUAUCAAAACCCUCCCCGUGCUUUUAAGCCUAGUUUCCAUUUGGUUGUUAGUUGUCGCUGGCACGACAAGCGGUAGAUGUGAAAUAGUCUAAUAUAAUAAUAAUCUUUGUGUGUGUGAUAUGCAAAUCAGUCUUAAUGAUUGCAGAGUUUUAUAAAGUUUUGUUGACACUCUAUUACAUCAGCCACUUGUCGUGCCAGCGACAACUAACGACCAAAUGGAAACUAGGCUUUAGAUGGUUGGUCUAAUGACCGAUAUUUAUGUUAAAUACAGCCCGCGGAACUUCAAAGAAACCGACUCAAUUAUGAAAUAAGUCACGAAUAUAUUUUCUACGGAUUUGUGUCAUGCUUUUUCACUGAUACAUUGUAAACAAAGUCUGUGUUUAAAAACACAUUUUUCAAGCAUAAUAUCGUGAAACGACCAGAAAGUUACAGAAUUUAAAAUAGCAUACCUUCAAAACAGAUUCCUUUAUUUACACAGAGGCGCCGGAGAAUCGAUAAUAGCGGGGGCAGAUAUUCAUAUAUUCGUGUUCACAGACUGUAAAAACAAUCGAUUUCAAAAGAAAUUAAUUGGGCAGAACACGAAUAUAUGAAUAUCUGCCCCCCCCCCAAUUAUCGAUAUUCCGGCGCCUCUGUAUUUACACGUGUUUUUGAUCGGCAAAGCGACUCAACAUGAACAUGUCGUUGUCGGAAGCAACUAUAUUUGUCAAAGCCAAAACGCCAGGCCUAAACUUUUCAUUCCUCUGCAGUUCUGCCACCAUGUUCAUAAGAAAAGCAUGUACAUUUUUUGUGAAACUACUAUGUCUUUUUGUGUGUUUCUUGUCAGUUUUCUCGAGUUUUCGUAUUUAACUUUCAAGUUUCAACUUUUCAAUUUUUGUCAGCCUCGCUUUAAUACACAACCGCACUAAUCUCAAAUUAAUUAGCAUGCAACACUGGAAUUUUAAUGAAUUAAAUUUUACGUCUGCUAAAAAAUAAACACGUUAUUUACCGACAGCGUCGGUCCGGAUGAGAAAAACUGUGCCCGAGGUCUUGAAGGGCCCGAAGGGCUCGGCCGUUUUCAAGACCUCGGGCACAGUUUUUUUCAUCCGGACCUCGCAGCCGGAAAAUAACUUAUAUGUACUUAAAUAAAGCUUCAGUCUACCUACACAAUAUAAUGGAAAGCUGUAUAUCCAAAAAUCUGUUUCAGAAGACGCACGAAAUCCAGUCAGGGAGUGGAAAAAACAAAACUUUUCUGGAGGAAAUUACUCCUAGUUUCCCUACUAUGACAUACGAUUUUUUUUCACCAACAACCACCUGUAACUUCGCCAUACUCAGUAUAAUAUGGUCCCUUUCUUUAGCCCCCCCCCCCCCACCCCCCGCACUGACGACUUCUCAAAACGGCCCUGGUUAUUUCGGUUCGGUCUUGAAAUUAAUUUGCUUACCUUUAAAUAGUUUUUUUUCUUUUGCCCUAUAUUCCACGAUUUCCCACCUAGACUCAUUUCUUGUCAUUUCUGCAAAUAAAAAUUGCUUGUUUGAAACGAUUUACGAAAUAUAUUUUUUUGGUAAUGCUUUCUUUUCACUGAGUAUAAAUACCCUCGCCCUGGACUUAUGUCCGGAACGACGCUUGGCGCCGUUGACUUGGGGAUUAUUGAAUUUGUAUAUUGUAUUGAUAAAUUGAAUUUUUUAUUUGGACUGCAUGAUCAUGGUGCUUUCCCUAAUCUGAGUGCUGCACAACAGGUUUAUUCGUAACGGGGAAUGUUUCAAGCCAUUUUGUGAAAUGGUCCAUCACCAAAAUGUAAAAGGUUCUACCAGUUCAAUUUGCGCAAGUAGCAAAUCUCACUCUUUCCUACACAGUUUUCGAAAGAGGAGGACACUUUGUGCAAAAAAUAUCGUAGUCGAAUUCGCUCAAUUUUGAAUUGAACACCUGAUUGUCAGGUCAUUAGGUUAUCAUGAAUGGCCUGUAGAAAACCUACAAUUAAAGCAUUCAUGUGAACGACAACAGUAUAAGUGGGUUGCGAACCUUGUUUUGCUUUACGCGGGCGCGUCAAUAGACCGUCACGAAAGCGAUAACAUACUAAAGGGGAUUUUGACAUUUACAUCAGGAUUUGACUUUCAAUCAGAAAAUGCUGGCUGGGACAUGUUUUUCUCUGUGUACCCAAUCACACUAGAAAUAGCUGAAUCUUGCCUUGGACAUCACACAAAUUAAUGGUUGAGUCUCUUGAAAUAGCAUUUGAAAUCGAGCAAGUUAAAACAAUUUCUUGUUAAUGUUAUACACCAAGAUGGUUGUCAAUUAGAUCGUGUUGAUUGCAAUGUGGUAAAAAACGAGAACGCGAGUCGGCAUUAUAUAGAAUGUUGUAUUUCCUUUUUUAUGUGUGAUGUCAAACUGAAAUUCUUGGCAAUCCAUGCGCAUCUAUCGCACUAACCUACCGGAUGUUUCCAUUAAAUAAAGCCAACACUCGCUGGAUCGAUAACAAUUUCGAAUUUUCUACCUAAAGUCCGUUUCCUACUAGACGAAAUUGUUCGCACGAAGCGACUUUUUCCUAUGUCAACUCGCUUUUGCUGUCGUGAUAAGUAAUGCAUAUGCUUAAGAGGUACGCGCGGAAAAGUAAAACUCCAAAUACAAUGGCGUAAGUCUCCUUUUCCGUGGUUGAAAAUGUGUCCUCUCCAGGUGAUGUGAAUCAUAAGUCUAAACGACACCUAAAGCUGCGUCUGGUGCGUCAGUUUUUAAUAUGAAUGGGCAUCAAAACGUGGAUAACAGAGCGCCGGAGUUUCAGAUAAUAUUUCAUUAAUUUUAGUGAAUGAGCUAGGAUUCUAUUUAUCAAACCAAAAUUAAAUGCGCAUUCUUUUUACUACUAUCGGUUAGAGGAGCCCUUCCCGGUAGACAAUCCCCCUGCAAUAAACCGUCUAUAAUAGCCGGAUAAAGCAAGGAAAGCCCUUUCAUCCUUAACUGAGGUCGGAGUUGGUAUAUUUCGGACAAUUUGGAUUUUUUGAGGGUCCGGCUGAAUACUACUUCAAGAAGUAAUAUAGCCUAAAGUUUCAUUAGCUUGACUUUACGCCUAAAUUAUGUUGAAAUAACUGUGUGAAGACGCCUGUAAUUUUGUUCAAAAUUUGCGGAGUAAAUUAUUACGUCGCCAAGAUAACUAAAGCAAAUUAAAUUUCAAAAUUAAGUCAAUAAAUAAUUGUAUCAAACGCGUGUUGGAAGGUCUGAGGUGCCGUCGAAAGACUUUGAGGCAUGCGUAAAAAUUCGUACAGGCCAUUUUGAUUUAUAAACUCUGUUUUUUGUCUGUCUUCCAGCGCAUUGGUAUUUGUCAGUAGCCAUUACGGCAGUGCAGAGUUGUAAAUAUUCAAUGUUUUUGAGCGCAUUUAGCGUGUAAUUAAUCCGAGCACGUCGGUGGCAGUUCUCUUUCGUAAUUCGAUUUAAUUUUUUAUAGUCAAUUCAGAAACGUAACUGACCGUCUUUUUUGCGAACGAGAACUAUUGGGGAAGUCGGAAGACGACUGGCGGCGCAACUGGGGAGAGCGGGCAGAAAAGUUUCUACUUUUAUGAGGGGAGGGGGCACAAAAAGUUUGCCUUCAGUCUGGAGGGGGUCAAAAAAGUUUUCAAUCCUUAUUUCCCCAUUUUCCAACCCCCCUCCCCCUCCCCAUAAAUAAUGACCACUCCCUAAACAUAGAAAAAAUGUGACAGAGGGCUCAAAUAAAUUUUCACAUCUGAAACACUGUGAUUUCUAUUUUUAAAAUGUCUGGCGACGGGCUGGUUAACAUCGUUGCUAUGGCUGCUUCACCAAACGUUAACCUCGCUCGUUUGGAGAUUAGGGCAAAAUUGGAUUUGGUAUGAGCAUUAUUCCUAUACCUGUUCAAGACUAUGUAUCUGCCAGCACAUUUAAUUUUGAAUAUCCGGAUUCACUAUGCGUUUUCAGUAAUUUAAGUAAAAAACAUUUGACCAAAUUUGAAAAUUUCCGUUGAAAUUAUAGUUUAGUUGUAACCUUUUUUCGAAUAAUUUUUUAACGUUAUUUAGGGCCUGCUUUUUAUUUUCUUUGUCUACCAGGGAGACGAACUUACAAUUCUUCCAGAUGAGGGCGGAGAUUGGUUUCUUGCAAGGGACAAAAAUGGGUAAGAAUUGAAAUUGCUUUCUCUUAUCAUCGCGAGAUAGGUGUAAGGCUUAACUUCUUGUUCUGCGUGCAUUUUACGAAUUAAUAUACAUGUACUUACUAUUAUUUAUAAUAACUGAACCUUAUAUAGUUGUAUUUUAAACGUCCUGUUCACAGGGAAAUUAUAAUUUAAGUCAUCAGUUAUAAAAUAAAAUUACUUUAGUAUAUUAUGCACUGCGAAAACAAGCAGAAAUGAACAUGUUUUGUGAUUGGUUUGCUUAAUUAAAUAUAAGUGCUCAGCAUUUUGACUCAUUCUUCAGAAAAUUUUAGUUUCAAUGUGUUCCACUGUUUCAGUCAACCAUUCAUGAAAGAUAUAUUCAUGUGGGUUGGUGGUGAUCUUUACGAGUUCGAGGACCCUGGCGUAACCGGUCACACGAACAUGAUUUGAUAUCAGGUUUCAAAACAAUCAUAAUAAUUGUAAUGCUUUUAGAACAAUUGCUUCAAAGCGCAACCUUCAAUAAAAAGUUUGAAAUAGUAUACCUUUUACUUUAAUUUAUAGGAGGAGAGGUUAUAUUCCAGCAAAGUAUGUGCGUAAUAAAGGCGGCUUAGUAACCAAAGUGUAA